UCGAUGAAGAACAGGACAGAAGUGACAGAGUUCAUCCUCUUGGGACUCACCAGUGCCCCAGAGCUACAAGUCUUUCUCUUUACUGUGAUCACUGUCAUCUACGCCAUUACUGCGCUUGGGAAUCUGGGCUUGGUCCUGCUGAUCGUCCUGGACCCGCGUCUGCACAGCCCCAUGUACUUCUUCCUGGCGCUGGUGGACUUCUGUUACUCUUCUGCUGUCACUCCCACAGUCAUGGCUGGGUUGCUUACGGGAAACAAGGCCAUUUCCUACAAUGCCUGUGCUACUCAAGCAUUCUGCUUUGGAGCCUUUGCCACAGUAGAAAAUUAUCUUCUGGCCUCCAUGGCCUAUGACCGCUAUGCAGCGGUGUGCAGGCCCCUGCACUACACCAGCACCAUGACCACGAGAGUAUGUGCCUGCCUAACCUUAGGCUGCUCUUUUGGAGGCAUCCUGACUGCAUCUGUCAUCACAAGUGACACAUUCAGUCUCUCCUUCUGCAUGUCUAAUGUGGUCCAUCAUUUUUUCUGUGAAGUUCCGGCCGUCAUGGCUCUAUCCUGCUCUGAUAGGCAUGUCAAUGAGCUGGUCCUUGUUUGCAUGGCCAGCUUCAACAUCUUCUUUGCCCUCCUGGUUAUCUUGGUGUCCUACUUAUUCAUAUUCAUUACAAUCUCGAAGAUGCGUUCUGCUGCAAGGUACCAGAAGGCCUUCUCCACCUGCGCCUCCCACCUCACUGCCGUCUCCAUCUUCUAUGGCACUGCCAUUUUCAUGUACCUGCAGCCCAGCUCCAGCCACUCCAUGGACAUUGCCAAAAUCGCCUCCGUGUUCUACACCAUGGUCAUCCCCAUGCUGAACCCCGUGGUCUACAGCCUCAGGAACAAGGAGGUCAAGAGCGCAUUCAAGAAGGUUGCUGGAAGGACUGUGCAUUGA